CCCUGCGAAUGUCAGUAACGUCACAGCGUUCUGAUGUUUUGAUCCGCAAAAAUGUUUGACCAACUUCGCGUUUUAAAUUGAAUUGAGUAACAAGAAAUUUUAUUAAUUUGAUGAAAAACUAAUUGCUAAAAAAGCGUCGAAGAAAAUGAACGGAUUUUCGGAAGAGCUUAAUCAAAACAACGAUAAAGAAUAUGAAGAAGUGCGUAUUCCAGUGCCAUGGGGUCAUAUUGCAGGAAAAUGGUGGGGUUCGAGAACUGUUCAGCCUAUUAUAGCACUUCACGGCUGGCAGGAUAAUUGUGGCACCUUUGACAAGUUGGCUCCACUGCUUAAGGAGAAAGGUCAUUCGUUACUUUGUCUGGAUCUUCCAGGCCACGGGUUUUCAUCCCAUCUACCUCCGGGACACAAUUAUUACCUUUGGUGGGAUGGAAUUCAUUACCUGAGAAGGAUAGUGAAGGAUUUUAAAUGGAAAAAUAUUGAAGUCAUCGGACACUCCUUAGGUGGUGGUAUAGCAUUUUUAUAUGCGGCAACAUAUCCAGAUGAAAUUAAGAGGUACAUCUCCAUUGAUAUUGCAAGCCCAUCGGUCAGAGAUGUUAAAAAAUCCUGUGAUAUGCUUGGGAGUGCUGUAGAUAAAUUUUUAAGCUAUGAAUCAAUGACCCUAGAUCAAAUGCCUUGUUAUGGAUAUGACGAAAUGGUGGAUGUAUGUUACAGUGCGUACAAGGGUACUGUAUCUCGUGAAGGCUGUGAAAUUUUGUUAAAACGUGGCAUGAAACCGGCUACUGACAGAGAUGGUUAUUGGUUCACCCGCGAUCCGAGAUUAAAAAUGGCGCUGUUGGGAUUUCUGAGCUUGGAACAGGUUCUCGAGAUGAGUAGGCGGAUCAAGUGUGAAGUGCUGAACAUCAGAGCAAAAUCAGGUCUAAAAUUUGAUGUACCGGAGCAUUACGAUCUGAUACUAAAUGAAAUUGACAGGGGCGCUAAGAAACUAGAAACGCAUUUAGUGGAGGGUACUCAUCACCUGCAUUUAAAUGACCCAGAACCCAUUGUUGAUAUUAUCCAUAAUUUUUUGCUUUAGGCUUUGUGUUAUAAAUGAAUUAUUUUUAUUUAUUUGAAUUGAUUGUUAAUAUCAAGCACUUGUGAUAACAUGUAUGAUUCAAUUGUUUUAUAUGUUUUGUGUAAGUUAUAAGUUAAUUACAAAUAUUCAGCAAAGCUAAAACUGAAAAUUUUAGAAUUGAAUAAAAUUAUGUAAGCUACAAAAUUAAUAUCCAAAAAUGAAUAAUCCUUAAAAUUUCUGUUUCUUUAAAUGAAAUAAAGAGCUCUGGAGAUAUCCACACGGUAAGGAUAGGUUUAAAAUAAAAGGAUGCUAAG